GCGACGGGUGGGCGGGCCUGGUGCGUCCCUGGCGUCGCGCGGCUCCUCUGCAGUGGGAAAGCCAAGUUAGACAAGAGUUGCCUUCCGCGCUGCCCUGUGCUGCGGCGGCCGCUGCCUUCACGCUCCCGGGCAGGGCUGCGCAGCCUCUGCGGACCCGGCGCGGGGGUGCCCGGCGAGCGCCCCCGGCUCUGCCUCUCGGCGCGCCCCCCCACUACCCCCGGCGCGUGCAGCCCUCCGCACCUCCGCGCCCGGGCAGCUCCGGGGGAGCAGACGAGCAGACCACCCCAGCGCGCGUCGAGCCCGCUCCAGCAUGUCUGCGCUCGAGUGGUACGCCCACAAAUCCCUGGGCGACGGCAUCUUCUGGAUCCAGGAACGCUUCUACGAGUCGGGCAACCGCGCCAACAUCUGGCUGGUGCGUGGCUCGGAGCAGGACGUGGUGAUCGACACGGGGCUGGGCUUGCGCAGCCUCCCCGAGUACCUCUACUCCUCCGGCCUCUUGCAAGACCGCGAGGCCAAGGAGGACGCGGCGGGUCGGCCGCUGCUGGCCGUGGCCACCCACGUGCACUUCGACCACGCCGGAGGCCUCUACCAGUUCGACCGGGUGGCCGUGCACCACGCCGAGGCCGAGGCGCUGGCUCGCGGGGACAACUUUGAGACCGUGACCUGGCUGUCCGACAGUGAGGUGGUGCGGGCGCCCAGCCCGGGCUGGAGGGCCAGGCAGUUCCGAGUGCAGGCGGUGCAGCCCACCCUCAUCCUGCAGGAUGGGGAUGUGAUCAACCUUGGGGACCGGCAGCUCACUGUCAUGCACAUGCCUGGACACUCCAGGGGCAGCAUUUGCUUACAUGACAAAGACCGGAAGAUUCUCUUCAGUGGAGAUGUUGUGUAUGAUGGCUCUCUAAUUGACUGGCUCCCCUACAGCAGGAUAAACGACUAUGUUGGAACCUGUGAGAGGUUGAUAGAAUUAGUAGACAGAGGUCUUGUUGAGAAGGUGCUUCCCGGGCACUUCAAUACCUUUGGUGCUGAAAGGCUUUUCCGGUUGGCUUCUAACUAUAUUUCAAAAGCUGGGAUAUGUCACAAAGUCUCUACUUUUGCCGUGCGAUCUCUUGCAAGUUUAGCUCUUCGCGUGACAAAUUCUAGGACCUCGCCCUAGGAUCUCUGUGAUAAUCUAUUUUGCUUCAGUCAGUUAAUCAAAUUCAUUUGUGCUGUUUAAAAUGAUUCCUUGUGAGCAUCUCAACAAGUGCUUUUAUUCCACUCUCGUAUUUUAGGGGGAAAAAAAGAUUGAGAACGAAUAAGCCAAAAAUAGAAGGUCUUAGUUUAUAUAUAUUUUUUCUUCCAAAUAGGGAACCUCAUCAAAACCUUAUUAUUUGCCAAAGUUGUCAUCUUGUAUCAUUUGCUCUAGAAAUGAUGUAAAAGUUGGUCAAAAGGGGAAGCAAGCAGGUGUUUUACAGUAAGAGCAAUUGUCCUUGCUUCACAUUUGUCAAUUUCCUAGAUGACACUGGUAAAUCACACAUAGUUAUAUGUUUAUACUCCAAAGUUGGUAUUUUUAAGUAUAUUAUUUAAGAAUGAAGGUUUUGAGGUUUAAACUACAAUAAAACUCAAUACAAGAAUAUAAACAGACAUUUAAAAUGAGCAAAAAUGUUCUAUUGUUAUGGUAUUGCACUUUUUAUGCCUAAUUUUAUUCUUAAUAUUAUAGCAUUGUUGUGUAAUUUUACUUACAAAAAGUACAGUGUUUUGUUAUAUUGCAAAGCUUUAUAAAUUGCAGAGUGCAUCAGUAAAAGUUACUAUAUCUUGUUAUUAUGUAAGUGUAAUAUUUUCAUUACAGUCAUAAAAGUGAAAUUCAAAUGUCAGUAACUUAAUUAUAAAUUGUCAGAUUCCUUAAAAGGACACUGUCAGGCAAACCUGAAAAUAUACACAUUCCAAAUAAUUUUUUAUUAUAUCCUAUUUUAAUAUCAACAGCUAUAAUAAGCAGCUUUUCUUAUUUAAUAGCUUCAUUCAUUAUGUCAUUUUGUAGUAUCAAAACAACUGUAAUGAUCUACAACAUCCUGUUAUAAACUGUUCUUUUAACAUGCAGAAGGCUUUUCAGAUUAAUUUCAAAAUGAGCAGUUGACAUUGACUUCAAGCAAGUCACCUUUUUUAUCCUGAUUCACAACACCUGUUCUUGUUCAGUAUUCUUUGUCUUGAAUGAAAAGAGGUCUACAUUUGUAAAGUUAUAGGAAAGGUGAUCCUGCUGUUCAGUAAAAUGUUUUGCUUUGGUGCUCUUAAUAAUUUACUACAAAGCCUUUUGAAAUAUUUCAUAAAGGUUUUUAAAAGUUAUUUUAAAGUCUUUUUAUUAUUGACAUUUCUAAACUGAGAUAUCUUUGGAAAUCAGAUUUUUUAUUAGGAAGACCCAGCUAAAUUGCAUUUCUUAAAAAUUAUGGAAUUUCUUCUACCUUAUACUUAACUAGGUUCUUCUAUUCAUUCAGUAUAUACUAUUCAUUCAUUACAUACACACAUAUACACAUGCAUGCAUUAAGUCACACACACAUACAUGCACAGCAUUGUACUGAACACUGUAGAAGUCAGAGAUUAUAUCCUAGCUGGAAGUACAAGGCAAACAAAAUAUCAGUAAUAAUAAAUACAGGUUGACAAUACAAAUUAUACAUGUCAGGGACAUAAAUGGUGGUGUAAAGUUUGGUUACUGAAAAGUUCCUGAAGGAGGAGUUUUUCAUCAAAUAUACCAGGAUGAUUUGUAAGCUGGCUAGUAAGAUCCAGGAUAGGUGUGGAAUCAUUUGUCUUGAGCAGAUUAUUCCUUGUGACAAUUUAAAUUUUUCAGGUAUCUUAGAUCUUCCAGAUAUCAAGUAGUUAGCAGGAAAAAACCUGUGUUUGUGAUUGUAUGUAAACUGUACUGCACAUGCCACCACAUGUACCUUUACUUAAAUUUGACAAAGAGGUCAUGAUUGUUUAAAUGUAAAAUAUCACGGGAAUUUCUCUGUGAUUGUUAUUUAAGGCAGUGUAUUCCAACUGAUAGUGCACCAUCAAGAAUACAAAUUUGGUUCAGGGCAACCACAAAUAAUCACAUAAUGAGCCUUAAAUAUAGUCAUUAUUUUUAUAUCAGUAGCACAAAGGAAAAAAAACUACAACCAAAAGUCCUUAACCAUUGGUCAUUUUGUCAUGCUUUAGGAGUUUGCUGUUUUAAUCAGGGUAUAGAAGAGACUGAUUUUUAUUAGGAAAUAUUUAAACUUUAUGUAGGGUUUCCUUAAAAUGUGAUUUUUCAAAACACAUUGACUUUUAUUUUUUAAUUUCCAGUUUUCCCUCAGCUUUUCAAAUUGUACCAAAACAUAAGACUAUACUAUAUUUUGCUAUGGCUACUAUGCGAAUAAGUCAUGGAAAGGAUCUAUUAGUUAGCGCCCAUGCUAUGCAUUCUAAAAUAUACAUUCUUUAAUCCUGGCCUCAGUGCCAAGAAAAAUAUUGAUGAACCUCACACAAUAUGACUGUGGACAAAGCUGGUAAUUGAACGCAAACCGUCUGCCUCCCCAACCGUGCUCUUCCUCUUAUUCUUGCACAAGAACACAAAAUUGGCAAAGUGUAUUUCUACUUUCCAAGAUGCCACAUGUGCCAAGAAUAACUCAAAAGAUUUUAAAGCAUAAUAGCAUAUUUUACAAAAUAGCUUUAAGAAAAUAUAUUUUCACCCUGACAGUGACCCUUGUUGUAAUUUAUAGUUUGGGGAAAUAAUAGUAUUUGAGUAUAAUUCAUAGUUGUCAAACGUUGUUGAACAUUUAAAAAUAUCAUUAUAUGAUUAAUAAUGGAAUCGUUGGGAAUUCUUUUUCUUUAUUUGGCAUUUACUUUUAACUGAGAAGCCUAAAAUGAAAACUUUGUAUGUUAUCUUGAUAUAAUGGUUAUGUGUAGUUGUUUGUACAUGGAUAGUAAUAUGAAUGUGACAUGCACAGAUUGUCCUGUUACAGUUUUUAGAUAAAUGUAAACAUUUGUGUGGAUUAUUAAAGUGGAUGUUUUAUUUCAA